AUGGAGGGAAAGACGAAGGGUGACCCGGACACCAGUCCGACGGAUUGGCCACAGCUCGCAUUCGGGGAUACGCUGUCACGAACCACGGCGAGGUUAGCCAGUAACAUGCGCGCCAACUACAGGCCCAGUGCCAGCCUGCAGCACAAGAAGAACAGCAUUCGCACCGUUACACCUGAACCAGCCGAGAAUGGACACGCCCUGGUCGACACAAACGUUCCACAAGGGACCCGAGGCUACGGCACCACCUCGCCCCAGCAGACCUCGCCGCGGUCCAUACCUGGCGGUGAAAGGCGGCGUCAGGGAAUGGUAUUCAAUGAUGCCUAUGGCGAGUCGUUCGACAGCACCUCCUCGAGCCCGCCGCAACAAAGGACGGCGCUCAACAGGCAGCGCACGCAUACCAUGGAUGGUGCCUUAGCUCCGCGACAACAGCCGGCUGCUUCGACAACCGACAGCAGGCAUAGGGUAGGAUCUUUCUCCUCGUCGGGUUCUCAGCCGUUCACAGACAUUGACAUUCGACCCCCGCCACUCGAAUCCGUUGGGUAUCCGUCAGCAUCUUCGAGGCAGUCAGAUUUGAGGGUCGCCGUCUCGUCCAACAAAGAGAAAAGGUCGAGCAAUCGGCGCUUAGUCAAGCGCGCGACUUCCCGUCCCACAUCGCCUCUGAUAUCGCCCCCUCCAUCCGUGGACUCGCUACCAUUGCCGAUACCGACAGACGAUGCAAACAAGAUCCUGCUCCUGAUGAAGACCUUGUGCGGCCGGAUGAGAGGGGAGGUCGAAUAUCAAAGCGACCCAAACGGCCCCUGGUAUAGCGGAGUCUGCUACAUCGACGAGGAUAGGGGUAGUCUCUUGUUCGAUCCCGGCCAGAAUGGCCCAUUCCAUAUUCCCAUUGUUGGGGACCUUCGCGGCUGCAGGGUCCUCCCUGUUGGUAGCCGCGAUACUGGGACCAAGUACUUGGAGCUUCUUGGUCAGAAAAUGAACACCGAACUUCGACUACGGCCUCUGAUAACGGAUGAGCUCGACUUAUGGCUGGCCAGCUUGCUCUGCUGGCAACAACUUCGGCCCGGCGGCGUAAGACUGUCCAAUAAUAGGGGAGGAAACGCUCCUGGUAAUGUCAGACCCGAGGCAAGGAAAAGGGGUUCUUCGGCAGCCGCGUCUACGUCCAGGGACGCCGCCAUCAUAAAAGUUGGGAAGGUCAUGUUGUGGGACAAAGGCGUAGCGACGUCGCCUCGCGCCAUCGUGAAGCGACCGUCCACAAGAGAUCUCCGCUCCGGGUCGACCUCCUGGAGAAGGGUUUCCUGCAUAUUGCAAGACAACGGAGAGUUUAAGCUCAUGACGGAAAACGACGUAGCCGUCCUGUCCGUCAUUGAGCUGCCUCAGCUGUCGCGCUGUGCGGUACAACAAUUGGAUAAGUCGGUCCUAGAUGAAGAAUAUUGCAUUGCCAUCUUCCCCAUCUAUUCGUCUACAUCUAGGCAGCUUUCUAUAUUCCGGCCCGUGUAUAUUGCCCUCGACUCCAGGGUACUGUUUGAGGUCUGGUUUGUCCUCCUGCGGGCAUUUGCCAUUCCCGACCUAUAUGGGCUUGAGGCAUCCACGCAUGAAGUCACCGAGGUCCGGGACUUUGAUUCCCCCUUCAAAGGGCAGAUGUUUCGUAUGGAAAAGACCAUCCAAGUCAGGGUGACGGAAGCCAAGAUACGGAAACCGACGCAGCUGCCCGAACACCAUGGAGGUCAUACCAAGGAACGAGAUGCCCUGAUGGGCAAUUAUCUGGCCGAGGUCAUACUCGAUGGCGAAGUCCGAACCCGGACAACGACUCAAGCCGAUACGAAGAAUCCCUUCUGGCGCGAGAACGCUCAUUUUACCGAGUUGCCUGCCGCGCUGCCAUACCUUUCCGUCAUACUGAAAAGAGUAGAGGGUAACCUGGAGAGCUUCAGUCAUCAGCUGCAAGCCUCUCUAGGCCUGCCAAAGACAGGUAACCUCACCGAGGUCACAUGCGGAUCUGUCGACAUACCGUUGGACAAGCUGGAGCGCGCGAAGGACCACGAGCAAUGGUUCCAAGUAUACGAUGAGCGGCAGGAGUCCGUUGCGAGCAUGUUUGUCAAGGUGAACCAUGACGAGCUCGUCGUCCUCACGAAACGGGACUACGAGCCUCUGACUGUGCUCCUUCACAAGUUCAGUAUAGGCAUGACCGGUCAGAUCGCCCAUGCUGUCCCUGGUCAAAUGCGGAGACUCUCGGAAACCUUCCUCAACAUCUUUCAGGUGUCGGGUUCUGCCAGCGAAUGGUUGAUGGCUCUUGUCGAAGAGGAGAUUGACGGUAUAGGGAGCCAGAACAGUAUGAAAAGGUUGCGCUUCAGCCGUCGGAUGAAGUCGAACGAUUCCUCCACCUCGGCGAACGACAGAGAGCUACUCGUCCGCGACAUGGGCAAAUCGUUGGCUGGAGAGGCCAAUCUAUUGUUUCGGGGCAACACCUUGCUUACACAAUCAUUGGAGUUCCACAUGCGACGUCUUGGCAAGGAAUAUCUCGAAGAGAUCUUGACUGAAAAGAUCUUUGAGAUAAACGAGAUCAAUCCGGACUGCGAGGUUGACCCGAGCAGGAUUGAAAAGCCUGACGACCUACAGCAGCAUUGGAGCCAACUGGUGCAGCUCACGACCGAACUAUGGGAGUGUAUAGCUGCGUCUGCAACAAGACUACCCGCCGAGCUUCGACAGAUUCUGAAGUACGUACGGGCGGUUGCUGAGGAUCGAUAUGGUGACUUUCUCCGUACCGUCAACUACACGAGUGUCUCGGGCUUUCUGUUCCUUCGAUUCAUCUGCCCGGCUAUUCUCAAUCCGAAACUGUUCGGGCUCUUGCGAGACAAUCCACGCCCUCGAGCUCAGCGUACCCUUACGCUCAUAGCCAAAGGGCUCCAAGCCCUGGCAAACCUGUCCAGUUUCGGAAAGAAAGAGGGCUGGAUGGAGCCCAUGAAUAAGUUUCUGAGUCUCCAACGGCAGUCUUUCAAGGGCUACGUCGACCAGUUGUGUUCGAUACCUACCGAGCGUAGUGGCAGCACUCCCUCGGCGUCAUAUUCCACGCCCAACGCCAUCCUCAGCCGACUAUCCCCAACGUCCCGAGAAGGCUUCCCGUCUCUGCCGUAUCUCAUCGACCAGGAGAGAAAUCUAGCGGCUUUAGUCAAGCUCUGGUUGGAAUCAAACCAUGCCAGUGCUGCCGAAUCGCACUCGUUUGAGGGAGAGCUCGCCGAGUUCCACGUCGCAUGCAUAGACAUUCAGCAGCGGUCUGACGGGUGCCUAGCCAAGAUAGAGUCGCUCCGUGCCUCGGAGGAUGAAUCCGUAAUGACCGACGACCUGACGGAAAGUCUGGAGAAGGCUUCCUUGAUGGAUGCUGCCAACCUUGGCUCUGGGACACCAGCUUGGAUGGAAAACGACCAGUACGGACCGCCCGGCUCCUCUGGGAGCGAGCAGGACGGUGGAGACAGAACAACACUGCGCAACAUUGGUCGCCAAGGCUCCUCCCUUCGGCAGGUUUCGGAUAGCUCCGACGUAUCAAACCCCGCCGCAACGAUACGCGGCAAGAGCAGGAGCGCCAGAGACCCCCGAAGCUUCCUCCACGGGCUGAUCAGCGGCAAGAAGCACAGAGACCACCACCACUCGAACUCCUCGCCUUCGACGGUUCGAGAGAAGAGCAGAGAUAAGGAGGAAAGGGGCAGCCGAGGCAUAUUGGGGACUUUCUCGGAGGCGUGGCAGCAGAAUGACAGCAGCUCGCGGCACUAG